CCCCCGGCCAGGCUGUCGCCGCCCGCUGGGGCCACCCAUGUGGCUGUGAGAGGACGGGGGUGGCCGGGCCCCCCCCAGGGCCCCCCCAGGGCCCCCCCAAAGCCGCCCAGGCUCCGCAGCCAGCCCAGGCGCCAUGACCUGUCCGGCCGCUGAGGGACACCCGGCACCCGGGGGCCACCAAGAGACCAAAGCCCACCUGGGCUCCGUGGCCCACCUGGGCCCCCUGCACGGCUCCACGGUUCCUCAAGGUUCUGAGGGUCACCAAGAGACCAAAGGCCACCUGGGCUCCGUGGCCACCAGAGGGUCCACGGCCAGCUGGACCUCUGCGGUCAGCCAGGACCACCGGGAGACUACGGCCCACCUGGGCUCUGUCACCCACCUGGGCUCCCACGUGGAGAUUGAAGCUCACCUGGGCUUUGUGGCCAACCAAAACUUUGUGGGCAAGCAGGACCACCCCGAGCCCGGUGCUGGUGGUGGCUCCGCGGUGCUGUUGGACUCCAAGAUCUCCCAAGGCUCUGAGGAGCACCUGGGGGCUUGGGUCGGCCAGGUCCCCGUGACACACCUGGUGUCCGUGGCCACCCAGGACCACCUGGAGGUGGAGGUGCGUCAGGAAUCGGCGGCCAGCCGAGGUUCUGUGGGCAACCAGGAGCACCCAGAGCCCGACAUCAACAUCCCGUUGGACUCCAAGGUCAACCAGGCCUCCAUGGCUCGCUUAGACCUGAAGGACCACCAAGACCCCGCCCCCUCCCCGGCCUCCAUGGACCCCCAAGAGCCCAAGGUCACCCAGGGUCCGGUGGCCAACCAAAAGACCAAGGUCAACCAAAGCCCCGCGGCCCCUCUGGAAGCCAAGGUCAAUGAAGACCCCGUGGUGUGUUUAGACUUGAGGGUCCACCAAGCCCCUGUGGCCACCCGAGCCCCCGAGGACCCCCGAGACCCCCUGGACCACCCGGACAGCCAGGCUGACCAAGCCCCGCUGGUUCUUACAGACUGGAACGUCCACCAAGCCUCCGUGGCCGAGCACAGCCCCGCGGACCCCCAAGAGACCAAGGUCAAGCCCGGCCCUCCGGACCCAAGGGUCCCCCUGGACGCCACGGCCAAGGGAAGCUGCCCGGGGACCGAGUGCCACCAACCCCACGUGCCCACCUGGGCCACCCCAGCCCCCCGCCCGUGUGCCCAAAUCCCCUCGGGCGCCCGCCUGGGCCUGGUGCUGCUGACGCUGGGGUCCCUCCUGCUGCCCUGCGCCCGGGGCUCGGCGCUGGAGUUUGGGGGCGCCCCGGGGCAGUGGGCGCGCUACGGGCGGUGGGCGCCGGGCGCGGGGGGCCAGCUCAGCUUCCGCCUCAAGACCAACGUGACGCGGGCGCUGCUGCUCUACCUGGACGACGGCGGCAACUGUGACUUCCUGGAGCUGCUGGUGGCCGAGGGGCGGCUGCGGCUGCGCUUCGCCAUCGCCUGCGCCGAGCCCGCCACGCUGGAGCCGCCGGCGCCCGUCAGCGACGGCCGCUGGCACGCGGUGCUGCUGACCCGGCAGGCGCGGCACGCGGCGCUGGCCGUGGACGGGGAGGCGCGGGCGGCCGCCGUGCGCUCCAAGCGGCCCGACAUGGCCGUGGCCAGCGACCUGUUCGUCGGGGGGAUCCCGCCCGACGUGCGGCUCUCGGCGCUGACGCUCAGCACCGUCAAGUACGAGCCGCCCUUCCGCGGGUGGGUGGCCGACCUGCGGGUGGGCGACGCGCCGGCCGCGCUGCUGGGCGCCCAGGGGGUCCGGGGUGACGGGGACGAGCGCUGCGCCCACCACCCGCCCUGCGCCCACGGCGGCCGCUGCACCCUGCGCCGUGGGGAGCCCCGCUGCGACUGCGCCGGCACCGGCCACCGCGGGCCCUUCUGCGAGGAAGAGGAAGAACCCGCGGUGGAAGAUUAUUUUCCCUUUUUUGUCGCCGAGGGGGGGCCCGGCCGCGGCGCCGGCGAGAUCCAGCAAGCAGCGAAAGGCCGCGCCGAGUACGUGGCCACGUUCCGGGGCAGCGAGUUCUUCUGCUACGACGUGUCGCGGUCGCCGGUGCAGAGCAGCGCGGACGAGCUGGCGCUGGCGUUCCGCACGCGGCAGCGCCACGGGCUCCUGCUGCACACCGGCCGCGCCGCCGACUUCCUGAACCUGUCGCUCAAGGCCGGCGCCGUGUGGCUCGUCAUCAACCUGGGCGCCGGCGCCUUCGAGGCGCUGGUGGAGCCCGUCAACGGCAAGUUCCACGACGGCGGCUGGCACCACGUGCGCGUCACGCGCAACCUGCGGCAGCACGCAGGGAUCGGACACGCUAUGGUGACCAUCUCGGUGGACGGCAUCCUGACCACCACGGGCUACACCCAGGAGGAUUUCACCAUGCUGGGCUCCGACGACUUCUUCUACGUGGGGGGGUCCCCCAACACCGCCGACCUGCCGGGGUCCCCCGUCAGCAACAACUUCAUGGGCUGCCUCAAGGACGUGGUUUACAAGAACAACGACUUCAAGCUGGAGCUGUCGCGGCUGGCGCAGGAGGGGGACGCGCGGGUGACGCUGCACGGGGCGCUGCUCUUCCACUGCGACCCCCCCCCGGCGCUGGACCCCGUCACCUUCGCCACCCCCCAGGCUCACCUGGCGCUGCCCACCUGGCGCCCGGCCCGCGCCGGCUCCGUCUCCUUCGACUUCCGCACCACGGAGCCCAACGGGGUCCUGCUCUUCGGGCAGGGACCCCCCCGCGACCCCCCGGCAGCCGCCCCCCGCNGUGUGCAGGUGUGCAAAGGAUGUGCAGGCUCGGUGUCGGUGAACAGCCGCAGCACGCCGUUCCUGGCCAGCGGUGACCGGGACGUUCUGGACGUGGGGGCCGAGCUGUACCUGGGGGGGCUCCCCGAGGGCCGGCCCGGCCCCCCCGCGCCCCCCGAGCUCUGGGCCGCGGGGCUGCGCCUCGGCUUCGUGGGCUGCGUGCGGGACCUGUUCGUGGACGGGCGGAGCCGCGACGUGCGGGCGCUGCUGGCCACCGGGGGGGCUCCGGGGGUCGCCCCGCUCUGUGCCAGGGACCCCCCCCGGCUGUGCGCCAGCGCUCCCUGUCGCAACGGGGGGACGUGUCGCGAGGGCUGGAACCGCUUCGUGUGCGACUGUCGCGGCACCGGGUACCUGGGGCCGCGCUGCGAGACAGAGGCGGCGGUGCUGAGCUAUGACGGCAGCAUGUACCUGAAGGUGCAGGUGCCGGGCGAGCAGACCGAGGCCGAGGACGUGUCCCUGCGCUUCAUGUCCCCCCGAGCCUUCGGCCUCGUCCUGGCCACCACCUCGCGCCACUCGGCCGACACGCUGCGCCUCGAGCUGGACGGGGGGCGCAUGAAGCUCACCCUCAACCUGGACUGUGUCCGCGUGGGCUGUCACCCCAGCAAGGGCCCCGAGACGCUGUUCGCGGGGCAGCGGCUGGAUGACAACGAGUGGCACUCGGUGCGGGUGGCCCGGCGCGGGCGCAGCCUCCAGCUCGCCGUCGACAACGUCACCGUCGAAGGCCAGCUGUCGGGCUCGCACACCCGCCUGGAGUUCCACAACAUCGAGACCGGCAUCGUCACCGAGCGCCGCUUCCUGGCCGUGGUCCCCUCCAACUUCCUGGGCCACCUGAGCGGGCUGGUCUUCAACGGGCUGCCCUACCUGGACCUGUGCCGCGACGGCGACAUCAGCUCCUGCGAGCUCAACGCCCGCUUCGGCCGCCGCGCCAUCGUGGCCGACCCGGUGGCCUUCGGGGGCCGCGGCUCCUACGUGGCGCUGGCCACGCUCCAGGCCUUCUCCUCCUUCCACCUCUUCUUCCAGUUCAAGACCACGGCCCCCGACGGCCUCAUCCUCUUCAACGGCGGCAGCGGCUCCGACUUCCUGGUGGUCGAGCUGGUCAAGGGGUACAUCCACUACGUGUUCGACCUGGGCGAGGGCCCCUCGCUCAUGAAGGGCAACUCGGAGCAGCCGCUGCACGACGGGCGCUGGCACGAGGUGGCCGUGGCACGGGAGGGGGGGGCCCUGCACGGGCUGCGCGUGGACGGGAGACCCGUGACCCAGCACGGGCAGGGCGCCCGCGGGCUGCAGCUCAAGGGUGAGACCCUCCGUGGGGGGGUCAGCCCGGGGCUCCUGGGCCGCCUCCCGCGGCUCGUGGCCUCCCGGGGGGGCUUCCGGGGCUGUUUGGCCUCGCUGGACCUGAACGGGCGCCUGCCCGACCUGCUGGGGGACGCCCUGCGACGCGUGGGGGACGUGCGGAGGGGCUGCGACGGGGUGCCCCCCGCCCGCCCCGCCCGCGUCUCCUCCAGCCUCUCGACCACCCACCACGUGCACCACUUCCACGGGCGGCACGGCACGGCGCCCAUCGCCAUCAACCGCGCGCCCUUCCUCACCCGCGGGCACCACGCGGGCACCACGUACAUUUUCGGCAAGGGGGGGGCCCUGAUCACCUACACGUGGCCCCCCAAUGACCGGCCCAGCACCCGCGCCGACCGCCUGGCCCUGGGCUUCAGCACCCGGCAGCGCGACGCGGUGCUGCUGCGCGUGGAGAGCGCCGCCGGGCUCGGCGACUUCCUGCAGCUCCACAUUGUGCAGGGGGCUGUGGGGGUCCUGUUCAACGUGGGCACCGAGGACAUCGCGCUGGAGGAGCGGGGGGCGGCCGUCAGCGAUGGGCGCUUCCACGUCGUCCGCUUCACGCGCAGCGGCGGCAACGCCACGCUCCAGGUGGACGGCGGCCCCCUGCACGAGCGCUACCCGCCAGGCAGCGGGGACAGCGAGCGGCUGGCGCUGGCGCGGCAGCGCAUCCCCUUCCGCCUGGGGCGGGUGGUCGAUGAGUGGCUGCUCGACAAAGGCCGGCAGCUGACCAUCUUCAACAGCCAGGCGCGCGUGCGGGUGGGGGGCCGGGACCGCGGCCGCCCCUUCCAGGGGCAGCUCUCGGGGCUCUACUACAACGGGCUGAAGCUGCUGGCGCUGGCGGCCGAGGGACACCCCCGCGUGCGGCUCGAGGGGGACCUGCGGCUCGUGGGGGACCCCCCGCCACCCCCCGCGCCCCCCGGCGCCACCNGGGGGGGGGGGAGGAACACGGACGAUCUGCUGGUGGCCUCGGCCGAGUGUCCGAGCGAUGACGAGGACCUGGAGGAGUGUGAGCCGGGCACAGGGGGGCGGCGCGGGGGGGGCUCGGCGCCUCCCGUGACCCGACGCCCCCCCGUGCCCCCCACAGCCGCGCCCGGAGCGGUGGAGGUGGUGCGGGAGGCGGGCGGCACCACCGGCAUGGUGGUGGGCAUCGUGGCGGCCGCCGCGCUCUGCAUCCUCAUCCUCCUCUACGCCAUGUACAAGUACCGCAACCGCGACGAGGGCUCCUACCAGGUGGACCAGAGCCGCCACUACAUCGGGGCCGCCCCCGCCGCGCCCGGGGGAGGCCCGGGAGGGGCUCCCGGUGCCGCAUCCCCGACCCCGCCCGCCGGGACCCCCAAGGAGAAAGCGGCGGCCGCGCCCCCCAAAGCGCCGGGCAAAGCGCGGCGCAACAAGGACAAGGAGUAUUACGUGUGAGGGGGGGGUCUCCACGCGUGUCCCUUGACCCCCCCCCACUCCGCCCCGCCGCCACCCCCG